GAGAUCGUCACACAGUUUUCAAGUUGACCUGACGGUUAUUCAUCGCGAUAAACUGGAGGAUGAUAAGAUGAUGCAGCUCUUGGCAGCUCUCAAGGCUGCCAGCUUGUCGGUGGAUGAAGUUAUCGAUUAUCUUGGAGCGGACCCUGUGAGGGGGCUAGACGAGAGCACAGCAGAGAGACGGCUACAUGUCCAUGGUCCAAAUGAAUUUGAGAUCAGCAAAGAGGAGCCAUUAUGGAAGAGAUACUUGGGCCAGUUCAAAGAUCCACUCAUCAUGCUGCUGUUGGUAUCGGCUGUGGUUUCCGUGGUGAUGGGGCAGUUUGACGAUGCUUUCAGCAUCACUAUGGCAAUCACCAUUGUUGUCACAGUGGCAUUUGUUCAGGAGUACCGCUCUGAAAAGUCUCUAGAAAAGUUGAGCAACAUGGUGCCACCCAUGUGUCGCUGCAUCAGGGAUGGCCAUGUGAAGGAGUUUUUGGCAAGGUCAUUGACCCCUGGUGACCUUGUUCAGCUGUCCAUCGGAGACAGGAUUCCUGCAGACAUGAGGCUGAUAGAGGCUGUUGACUUGGCAGUGGAUGAAUCCAGUUUCACCGGGGAGACCAAGCCUAGUAAUAAGACCACACAGAUUGUGACCAAGGACCAGAAUGGAAAGAGAACCACGAGAAAGAACAUUGCCUACAUGGGAACACUUGUUAGGAAUGGCCAUGGCAAGGGUAUUGUGAUUGGCACAGGGGAAAAUUCAGAAUUUGGAGACAUCUUCAAGAUGAUGAAGGCUGAAGAGGCACCUAAGACACCAUUACAGAAGAGCAUGGAUAGUCUUGGAAAACAGCUGUCUUUCUACUCCUUCUGUAUCAUAGGUUUUAUCAUGUUCUUGGGAUGGUUACAAAACAGAAAACUGCUGGAUAUGUUCACCAUUGGUGUAAGUCUGGCAGUAGCAGCCAUUCCAGAAGGCCUGCCCAUUGUCGUCACAGUAACCCUUGCUCUUGGAGUGAUGAGGAUGGCCAAACGUAGUGCAAUAGUCAAGAAGCUACCCAUUGUAGAAACAUUAGGUUGUGUGAAUGUAAUUUGUUCCGAUAAGACUGGAACCCUGACUAAGAAUGAGAUGACAGCUCUAAGCAUCCACACUUCGGAUGGCAUCCGAGCUGAGGUGACUGGUGUUGGGUACAAUGGAGAUGGGAUGGUAGUAGUUGAUGAUAUGCAUAUACUAGGUUACCAGUCUCCCUCCAUAGCUAGAGUAGUAGAGGCCUCAUGCGUAUGCAACAAUUCUGAGAUCCGUGACAAUGUUUUAUAUGGACAGCCAACAGAGGGAGCCCUUCUUGCCUUGGCCAUGAAAAUGCAACUCCAUCAUUCUAGGAGUCGAUACACCAGGCUGUCUGAAAUCCCAUUCAGUUCAGAAACCAAAUGGAUGGCUGUCCGCUGUCGACCUCAUGACCCCGCUCCUAACCUGUUGCCGAGCAACGAGGAGAUCUAUUUUGUGAAGGGGGCCCUGGAGCGGGUUCUGUCGAAAUGUCGGACUUACAAUGUCGAGGACAGAUCAGAGCCUCUCAACAAGCAAAAGAUUGAGGAGAUUAAAGAGGAAGGCCGUCAGAUGGGCGUGGCUGGACUUAGAGUUCUUGGCAUGGCUGUUGGGCCAGGAACGGAGAACAUGACUUACCUGGGUAUGGUGGGUAUCUUAGACCCUCCUCGUCCUGGUGUAAGGGAGGCCAUCGAUACACUACUCAGCUCUGGGGUAGCACUCAAGAUGGUUACAGGAGACUCGGCUGAGACGGCAAUUGCUGUUGGUAGCAGACUGGGUCUAUAUGCCAAAGGUUCUACAUCGCUGUCUGGUGAAGAAGUUGAAGACAUGAAUUUUAUUGAACUAACCAAGAUGAUAAAUCAGGUUACAAUCUUCUACAGAGCCAGCCCAAGACACAAACUGAAAAUUGUCAAGGCGUUGCAAGCCACUGGGGCUGUGGUUGGAAUGACGGGUGAUGGUGUGAAUGAUGCAGUAGCGCUCAAGACAGCAGAUAUCGGCAUCGCCAUGGGGAUAACAGGGACAGACGUGAGCAAGGAAGCAGCUGACAUGAUCCUCGUUGAUGAUGACUUUACCACCAUCCUGUCGGCCAUUGAGGAGGGCAAGGCCAUCUUCUACAAUAUCAAGAAUUUUGUUCGAUUUCAGCUUAGCACGAGUAUUGCUGCUCUGACCCUGAUAGCCUUGUCCACCAUGCUAAGUUUUCCCAAUCCAUUGAAUGCCAUGCAGAUCCUAUGGAUCAACAUCAUCAUGGAUGGACCACCGGCACAAAGUCUUGGAGUAGAACCUGUAGACAAGGAUGUUAUCCGUAAACCCCCUCGCCAGGUGCGCGACCCCAUGAUCACCAGGUCACUGCUUAUGAAUGUCAUCAUGUCUGCGACUAUCAUUGUAGCAGGUACUCUAUGGGUCUUCUGGAGAGAGAUGCAAGACAAUAUCAUCACACCUCGCGACACCACCAUGACCUUCACCUGCUUUGUCUUCUUUGACAUGUUCAACGCCCUCAGCAGUCGAUCACAGACCAAGAGCAUAUUCAGCAUUGGUUUCUUGACCAACCGGAUGUUUCUCUACGCAGUCGGAGGGUCAAUCAUGGGUCAGUUGCUGGUCAUCUAUUUCCCUCCGCUCCAAAGGAUAUUCCAAACAGAGGCAUUGACGGUACACGAUAUUGGCCUGUUGGUGAUGCUGACGUCAUCGGUGUUCAUUGUUUCCGAGAUCAAGAAAUGGUUUCAGCGGAGACUAGAGAAAAAGCGAACUCUCCCCGAGCCGUGCGACUUUGAAUAUGUCUGACCGUAAUUCUGUUCAUGGGUGUGCUAAUAUGCUUGUGCGUGCGUGUGUGUGUGUUUUGGUUUUGACCAAACUCUUACAUUUGAUUAAAAACCAAUUCAGUCCAUUAUCGUUUAUCUACUGCAAUUCUACAUAUAAAAUAUACAUGACUUAUAAUUGGCUUUCAUGGGUUGUACCUGCAAGGAACAUGUAUAGAAUGUUGAAAUCAAAAGCAUUUCACUUAGAAAUGUAAUAUUGAAAUGCACUUUUUACAUAGAAUGUUAUCAAAGCAAUGGCAUAUAGUAUUGCAAUCACCAAUAUGAAAAUAAAGACGUAUUGAAACGUAUGUUUAAAGCACUUUUGGGAAGACAUAUUAAAGCGUAUGUUUAUUAACAGCAUUUUUGGCGAGUCUUGUGUUCAUGUUUAGAAAAAUAGUAUUCAGGUGUUUCAUUUUUGUGGUUGUUGUGUCUUUUAAUUCUAUGGACUGUUUUGAACAACAUGCAAUGUAAUGCAAGCAUAAACAUGUUUUGUGAUACAUCAUUUCACAAUUUAGAUAUACUUUCAUGGAAAAUCACCCGAUUCAUUAUAUUUCCUGACUGCUAAGAAAGCAAAUAAUAUGCUUUAAUUUUAGCAACUAGUGGGCAUAAGAUAAUGCCUUUUAAAACUUUUUAGAACAUUCAAAUUAAUUGGUUGAAGCAGAUUAAGAGAAAGAAAGAUUUGAUAUUUAAAGGCUCAUAGAGAAUUCAAAUGGGUGUUAACUCUGAAUCUUGAUUAUAGUGCAAUUUGAGUAUAAAUAUCACAUCUAAAUAUAUGAAUCUUUUAUUUUGAAGAAAGGAUGCUUGCAUGGAAAACCACAUAUAAUUAAAAUUGCCCUUUAAAGGCAUUGUUUAACAAUAUUUCCAGUUUUACAAAUCUAAGAUACAUGGCCCUACAUGUUAUCAGUGUCUGUGAUAUGGUGUAAUAUUGAAG